AUUGCCUUUGAACUUUUACACUCCCGUUUUAUAUUUAAAGGAUUCAAAAGCGAAUACAAUGGCGCCGUCAUUAGAAGAGCCGAUAGACGACGCUGCAUUGGAUCCUUCUAAGACGAAAGAUCCCCAACUUGUGGCACCGGAACCAGAGCAUUGCCCUGGGCCGACAUCUAAUGAUGCAGGCAAAUCAGACGCCUGCGUAGGCUGUCCGAAUAAAGAAAUCUGCUCGUCAAGCCAGCCCAUGGGACCCGACCCCGAUAUCCCAUAUAUCACAGAGCGACUAUCGUCUAUAAAGCAUAAGAUCCUCGUCCUCAGUGGCAAGGGAGGGGUCGGAAAAUCCACCCUCUCAGUCCUAUUAUCCCACGCAUUUGCAUCGAGCUCAAGACCCGCACAUCCUAUAUCGACGCCAAAUGGCAACGGUAACGGCCACACCUCGCCUUCAUCCAUACCCCUCACGGUCGGCCUCCUCGACGCCGACAUCACCGGCCCCUCCAUCCCUAAAAUGCUUUCCCUCGAACAAGAACCUGUCCACGUCACCUCCACUGGCUGGUCGCCCCUCUACCUCACCGACACCCUCUGCGCCAUCUCGAUCCAAAACAUGCUCCCCAGCAACAACCCCGACACGGCGAUCAUCUGGCGCGGCGCCAAAAAGACCGGGCUCUUGAAGCAAUUCCUCCGCGACGUCGAGUGGGGGGAUCUGGACAUGCUCGUCGUCGACACCCCGCCCGGCACGUCCGAUGAGCAUCUCGCGCUGUGCACGUUCAUGCGGGACGCAGGCAUUGAUGGCGCGGUGCUCGUCUCCACCCCGCAGGAAGUCGCGUUGCUGGAUGUCCGGCGGCAGGUGGAUUUCUGCCGGAAAGCGGGCAUCCCCAUCAUUGGGAUCGUGGAGAAUAUGUCGGGGUUCGUCUGCCCGAAUUGUACGGGCGAGAGCCAGAUUUUCCGACCCACGACUGGGGGCGCGAGGAAACUGGCGAAAGAUGAAGGGAUCGCGUUUUUGGGGGCGGUUCCCCUGGAUCCGAGGAUCGGGAUGGCGUGUGAUUUUGGCGAGGAUUUCUUGGAGGCGUUUCCUGAGAGUAAGGCGGGGGUGGCCUUGAGGGGGGUAGUGAGAGAGGUGGGGAAGAGGAUUGGAUUGGAUGUGGUAGAUGACGAUGCUGAAUAAUGAAAAUAUACCCCGAGUAUUAUAGUCCACAUUUAAUGAAAUGUCAACUAGGACCAUCCUGUGCUUUUUACCGUUUCAACUAGGGCUCCGUCGUCCUCCUCGAACGAGGCCUGUCUUUGUCCGUUUGAUCGGGAGGAAAUCCAAUUGGACAUCGUCCGUUGAAACAAUGACGGAUGUGAAUAUCAAACGGCAUUUUCUAGACGGAGAUUUUGGGUGGAAUUGGCAGUUGCUUUAUCCAACUCACUGGCAGCACUGGGUGGUAGUUCUAUGUUCUUCCGCUAGACUGCGAUAUAUUGCAUCGCAUCAACUACGCAAUAACAGAAACCAGUGGAUGGGCUUGUAUCGAGUCGAAAGUCUCUAUUUGCUUUAUUUGGGGUAUCCAAAUCGUCUAGUGCCCAUGUUUUCCCUGCUCUAAAGAAGCUAUAUCCUGCUCCAGCAUCCUGCU